CUCUCCAACGGGGUCUUCAGCUUGUGUGUCCUCACCUCAGAAAGCCGGCAAGAUGGCAGCAAACAAGAACAAGAGCCAGAGCAGCUUGGCCCUGCACAAAGUGAUCAUGGUUGGCAGUGGAGGGGUCGGCAAGUCAGCCCUGACGCUUCAGUUCAUGUAUGAUGAGUUUGUAGAAGACUAUGAACCCACCAAAGCCGACAGUUACAGAAAGAAAGUAGUUCUCGAUGGAGAAGAGGUCCAGAUCGAUAUCCUGGACACAGCUGGACAGGAGGACUAUGCGGCCAUUCGAGACAACUACUUCCGGAGCGGGGAAGGAUUUCUCCUUGUGUUCUCCAUCACGGAACAUGAGUCCUUCACAGCAACUGGCGAGUUCAGGGAACAGAUCCUCCGAGUGAAGGCUGAAGAAGAUAAAAUUCCGUUGCUCGUCGUGGGAAACAAGUCUGACCUGGAGGAGCGGAGGCAGGUACCCGUCGAGGAGGCCAGGAGCAAAGCGGAAGAGUGGGGCGUGCAGUACGUGGAGACAUCGGCCAAGACACGGGCCAAUGUGGACAAGGUGUUCUUUGAUUUAAUGAGAGAAAUCAGAGCAAAGAAGAUGUCAGAAAACAAAGACAAGAAUGGCAAGAAAAGCAGCAAGAAUAAGAAAAGCUUUAAAGAAAGAUGCUGCUUGCUGUGAAGACCGAGCUGGUGGCUGGAGCCCCUGCUCCGAGGACGUGGGGCUGGGCCAACUCGCUGAAGGCUGUGGUCGGUCGGCUGCUCUUGUACUCCCUGCUCUCCCCGACCUGUUCAUCUGUACUUCUGUAAAUGGGAAUGCUUGGGAACCUGUGGCUGGCAGGAGAGCUGCGC